AUGGGAACUUGUGCACGUAUAUAUAGGCCAGUCAACUGGUUCGCUACAUCAGUUCGAUCUACAUCCGACCAACAUGAAUAUUUUCAGAUCAUCAUUGCCUGUGUUGCCGUCGUGGCCUUUGCCGCUCCUCAAUACAGCUCAAGUGAAGAGGCUGAGUUUAUCCCAAUCCUUAAGGACGACCGCGUCCAAGAGGAAGACGGAACAUACAGCUUCGACUUCGAAACUGGCAAUGGCAUCCGCGUGUCCCAGGCUGGAUCCCCUGACGGAGAUGAGGACGCAGUGAUCAAGGCCGGAGAAUACUCUUACACCGCUCCCGACGGCACUGAAAUCCGUCUCCGUUUCGUUGCUGACGACAACGGCUUCCAGCCCGAGGGCGACCACCUGCCCGUGGCUCCCGAAUUCCCCCACCCAAUCCCUCAGUUCGUUCUCGACCAAAUCGCCUUCGCCGCCGAGGAGGACGCCGCCCGCGCCGAUUCCGAUGAAAAGUAUGGGGAAAUUGCUCAAGAAUGUGGCUUAAGAAGUGAAUGGGAGGUAAAGCCCUAUGCGAAGGAAAGGUCAAGGUUGCAGAAUAUGGGUGGGACCUAUAGGAGCACUUACAUUCAACUGUAUAACAGCGUAAGUCCUACGAGACGGAAUGAAAAAAGUGUUCGCUGGAUAAACUUCUACUAA